UUUAAAGAAAUAUUUAUAUAUGGUUAAUGAAUAUGAUGAGCCAUGUGUAGACCGAGCCAGACUUCUACCAGUCAGUGUUGGAUCUUCAGCGUUGGGAAGUAUUGCCUUUGUCAGUUUUCUUCAUUAAACGUCAUACAUCAUGCCUAAAGGAAAGCAUAAGGGAGGCCGGCGCCAGUUCACCAACUUUGAGGCGAUGGAGGCACAGAAGAAGAAGGAGGAGAAGGAACGUCAGUGGAGAAAAGAGCAGGGGGAGGAGACAGACAGUGAUGAAGAAAAGGAGAAAUCAGGGAGUAGUUCCUCUUCUGAGGAAAGUAGUAGUGAAGAAGGAGAGGUAAAGGAGCUGAAGGCAAAGGGUGUUGGGGGUUUGAUAGAAUGUGAAAACCCCAACAGAGUUGCCAGUAAACCUAAAAAGGUGACCACCAUUAAUACUACUGCUACUGGUUCAGGUGGUGCUUCUAGUACUGCCAAACCUCAUCUAUCUCGACGUGAGAGGGAAGAGAUUGAGAAACAAAGGGCAACAGCUCAUUACCGAAAAUUGCAUGCAGAAGGCAAGACUGAUGAGGCUCGAGCUGAUCUUGCUCGUUUAGCGCUUAUUCGACAACAACGUGAAGAUGCUGCUAAAAAAAAGGAGGAUGAGAGGAAAGCCCGUGAGGCAGCAGCAACUGCGAAGAGAGAUCAAAUGGCUAAGGCGCUCAACAAGAAGAAAAGCUGAUCAUAUCCCACUAUUAGCUUCCACUGUAGUGUAGGCACUCGACAGCUGUAACAUCUCUUGUCAAGUGGCUUUGUGCAGGAAUCAGUAUUUCUGUCUUAUAUAGUAAUAAUUUCAAAGCCUAAUAUUUUACCCUCUUAUUACCCAUUUCCCCUGUCCUAAUAUUACAUGAAAUAACUGAUUUUUGUUCAGAGUCACUUUUCGAAGUUACAAAGGCAUUUGUUUCGAAGUUUGGGUUUCCCUAAAGUAUUUUACUUCAUGUAAGUGAAUGUAAAAUACAUAUCUUUUUUAAUGCCAAUACAGUACUUUUCAGAUACUGGUGGUAAUUUUUCCAUUUACUGUAUUGUAUAAGUGUUUCCUGUACUUAUACUGCUUUUUUGUUUCAUACAGUUUGGGAAAUGCUUUGGAAAAAUAUAACUACAGUGUCUGAGGUUAACAGAAAAUUAUCUUAUAUUAUUCAAGUUAUUCAAAUACAGUAUAUGAAAUAAAGUACAAUUUCCUUUAGUGACCAAUAUUAAUUUGGUAACAGACAAUAUAUAGUAUAAUUUAUAAAUUUGUGUUUUAACCAAUCGGACAUCCCGUAGCUUACAUACAGGGGUAUAUCUUCUUUUUUCAAUUAUUGUUAGUAUUACUGUGUUUGAUAGUUUUCAUUGGUAGAUUUUAAAGUUUAUUUCAGUGUGAUAUAUUGAUUUGGCAAUAAUCAACUUUGGUAAAAUAAAAUUAAAUGAAGUAUUUGUUCCCUUUUUUCCAUACAUAAUGUCUUGUACACUAUGUAUACAGUGAUGGCAUUGGAGGUAAUGUGUCAGUGGAUAUCUGAACACCUGGGAUAUUUCUAAAAUACUGUACAGUACUACAGUAUAUAAGAGGUACUGUAUAUGUGUUAAUCCUCAGCUGAGAAAUAAAAAUCAAUACAGGUUUUGUUACUACUUGUCUCAAAUCCCUAAGCUUGAUGGCAUGUAUAUGCUGUAUGUGCUCUUAAGGUUAAAUAAGAGCUGAUGCUUGAGAUUAGGGAAUGCCUUGGAUGUUGCAAUGCUUAUCAUCAAGAAGUCCAAUAGGGCUGUUGCCUUAAGUUAGUCCAAUUAAGGUAAUGACAUAUCUAGCCAAUAAACAAGUGCUGUAGACUCUUUUGCUAAAAAUUAUACUCCAAAGCAAGGAUUAUGAGGUCUUUAAUCAUUACGUAACAUGAAUACGUACUAGCAGAGGCUGAAUAUUUUAAUUUGGCUGUUGCUGAAUGUAUUUGUGUUCUUACUGCUGGCAUAAUCAUAAUAGGCUACAGCAUGAAUACCAAUAGCUGAGAGGUAUACUUUUAAGUGGAAAAUAAAGAGAAGAAGAAAGUGGAAUAGUAAUCAGGAAAUCAUUGAGCUAAAGUGUUUAUCCUACACCCAACUGAUCAGUCUAGAAAUGAAAAAGAAAAAAGUAAAAUUCAUUCCCCCCUCACAAAGACUCAUCCUGGAUACAGCAGUUUCUUUAUCAUUAGUAUUUUUUUUUAGUUUAAAUAAAGAAUUUUAUAACCUUCAAUUGUGUGAGAUAUUGUUCCCUUUGCCCUGUAGUGGAUUAUCUGAAGAUAACAUUAAUGUUGUAAUUGGUUGAAGAUGCAAAGUGUUAUUUUAUAAAUUUUCCAUCUUGUUAACAUCAUGCGGAUUGUUUGUAUUAAUUGUUGUAGCACAUCAUUGUAUUCUUCCUCCACUUAAAAAAGGUGUUGGGUGAAGGUUUUCAUGCCAUAAUGGCAGGUGUGUUAACACAAAGCAAGGAGUGAUUUGGUUGGCAACAUAGAUUUUGUUCUAAAGUCAAAAUCUUUCCUAUGUUUCUUCAUAAACCUCUCCGAGGCAGGAAAGGCUUCCAGUUAAGUUUAAAACAUGUAAUUGAUUAUAACUAAUUAAGAAUCCUUUACAAACAUAAAGCCAGUUUGAUCAACCAGGGUUAGAAAAAUUAAUUCAUAUAAUUCUUAGCAUUCUUAGUCUUCCCCCUGAUGUUCUUUUAUCACUACCAAAUCCAUGACCUUUUAACCUGUUGUACUUCCUCGAGAGUGUUUUCUUACUUUUAAUAGCCUGUAAUAAUCCUACAAGGUUAUAUGUUUGGAACUGUUAUAUCCAGCAAGAGUAUAAUUUUCUCACCUUUCACUUCAUAUUAAUCUUUCUCUUUCAAAUCAUGGCACAGCUUUUCUUUCUUUCAUAUUUUUGGCAAAAACUAGUAUUGAUAAAUAGUACCAAGGAAGUAACAUGAUUAGGAAUUUUUUCUUGUCAACCUGUUGAAUUAAAAAAAAAAAACAUGGCUGUCUCUUGUUUGGUCUACUGUGGCUGAAGUCUUUAUCAAUAGCUAUAUUGAGUAAAGAUGUUGGCUGAUAUGAUGGCAUAGUACACUUGAACAAAAGCAGCACCCACUGGGCUCACACUCAGUCAACUUCUUUGUUUUUGUUCCAUUAUUUUCCUUGGCAAAAAUUGUCCAGCUUGGGAUCUAGGCAAAACUGACAGGCAUCAGCUAUAAUUAAAUCAUUAAACUAUGCCAAGAAAUUUAGUUAAAUAUUCAGUACGGUACUUACAGGUUGAACUAGAUGAAAUAUACAAUAAUUACUCAUUCAGUAAUGUUGAUUUCUCUGAUGUUUUUAAGUGAUAUGAAUACAAUACUCUACACUACUGUACUGUACUGUAUAUGGUUAACAUAACGUAAAUAACAAGAGAUGAAGAGUCGGUUAUAAAGUUGAUGCUUUGCGAUUAAUUAAUAACUAUAAUAGAAGUUUAUCCACUGAGUUUCUGGAGUUAUUACACCACCUUCACAUACUGUAGUUGUACGUUUUUCUUUUUUUUUAUGUAAUAUUUUCAUCCUUAUCCUUUCCAACUUUAAUGUGUGAUAACCAGACAAGAAGUAAAUACUGUAUACUAGUACUGUACUGUACAGUAUAAAAUAAAACACUCAUAUCAGGUGAAAACAGAAAUGUCCUCAUUUGCACCAGAGUGAGUACAGUUUUUAGUGUUGGACUGAAAAUCAAUGUGAUUAAAAUGUAAGCACUGUUGAAUUCAGCAGUUGAAAGGAGAAAUUUUAAUUUUUUCACACAUUUUGUUGAUUGAAAGGAGUUGCCAUGGUUGCUGAUAAGUUUUGAAACAACCCAUAUGGAAAGUUUGAGGUUAAUAAAAAAUAAAUCUGUUUGAUGUUGACCUUUUGAUUCAUGUGAUUACAGUAUCAACUAAAUUUGUGUGUUGUUUGAUGAUGAUUAUCAUUAGUAAAUAAAUCUGAAGGUUUUUUGUGUAAGCACUGUUGAAUUCAGCAGUUGAAAGGGGAAAUUUAAAUUUUUUCACACAUUUUGUGGAUUGAAAGGAGUUGCCAUGGUUGCUGAUAAGUUUUGAAACAAUCCAUAUGGAAAGUUUGAGGUUAAUAAAAAAUAAAUCUGUUUGAUGUUGACCUUUUGAUUCAUGUGAUUACAGUAUCAACUAAAUUUGUGUGUUGUUUGAUGAUGAUUAUCAUUAGUAAAUAAAUCUGAAGGUUUUUUGUGUAUUGUUACAUAUUAAAUUAUUUAUUAAACAUGCAAGCAUCUUUCAUGUUAGGUAUGUUAUGCAUAAAUUAAAGCCUUCAAUAAGAUACAGAAUGAUCCACCACUGUUAAUCUCAUUCCAUUCUUUAACUAAGAGGAUGAUACAUUUGCAUCAUGUAUCAAGCCUCUGAUUUAUUUUUUUCUCCUAUAGAGUGAUGCAAUGAAUCAAAUUUCAAUGCUACAUAAUAUUUCAAAACUUUACUUUGCUCACUAAGUUUAUUAAAUAAACCCCUGAUAUUAAAUGUGCAAAAUCAGUAAGCAAUACCUAAACUUUUAUUGAAUGUGUCCCAUGAAGAUAAAAUGCACUUCAAUCAUUGGUGCAUAAAUUUAUAAUAUCAGUACUGUACACCAUGGGUUGUGAUAAUGUUUGCUGUGUAUAAUUAGGUUUGACAAAUCGCUCCCUUAUAUACUGUAUGCUAGAGCUACUUGGAUGGCUGCUGUUUAGCAAAUCAAGCUUUAAAGAAUGUAAGAUGUGUUACAGCAUGUAUUUACAAUGGAGAAUUAAAACGACCAAAAACUGUUCCUUGACAAAUUCUCAAUUUAUCCCCUCUUAAGAUUUUAAUGCUUUUCAAAUAUUGAUUGAUUGAUAAACUCUAAAAGUACAUAAAGGAUUCAAAAUUAGCAAGUUGAUAUAAAUACUAUAGUACUGUACAUUAAUUAUCGGUAGCUCUUAUUCUACCUCAGUCAUACACUGUGCAAUAAUAACAUUGACAUUUUAGGGGCAUGUAAUCCUCUACACCUAUACUCUGUGUCAUGUGCCCCAGCUGACAGGGUCAUUUGUAGCCUCUCAUCUGGAAGCUUUUUAUGCCAGACUUACUCAGUGGAAUGUGUACCUAAACAACUUUUCAGAUACAGUAUUUCAUUUGUUAACAGUAUCCAUUUAGUGAUCUUGUUAUAUUUUACUGAACCAUGUAAUCUACUUCACUGUUGUACUCACUUAACAAAUUUAACAAGGGGUUUAUUUCAUGCUUGUUUAGUACUUAAUAUUUGUGUGUGUAGAGUAUUUGCUCAUCAAGCUAUAAUUAUAUUUUACCAUUGCUGUACUUAUACGUGUAUAUUAUUUCAAGUGGCCCCAUUGAAAUACAAUGUUUUAGUGUACUGUUUAUGUAGACCAAUGUAAUUGUAUCAAUAUCAAUCCCUGUAGAAAUUAAUCACUAAUCAAAUAUUCCUUAUGGUGCUAACUUACAAUUUCUCGUGGUAUGUAUUUUCCUGUACAAAUUAAUGCAGUUAAAUUAAUGGACGGAAUCAUUACCAUAAUUACUUUACCAUAACAUUCAGCACAUUGUUUCCACUGGUGUCAUCAGUGAGUAUACAGAAAGGAGAAUGUUAAAAUGUUUGCAUAACUGAGGGUGAUGGUAUAAUGUGAUUGCUGUAAAAUGAAAUAAAGUGUCAACCAUGA